AUGGCUCGGUCUCCUUCUGCUGCCACCACCGGGGAAAAUAAGCCGGCUACGGUGAAGAGGAAAGGCACGAGAAGCGUCUCUACCCUCACUCCUUCACAGCUAGCUAGAAAGCGAGCAAAUGAUCGGGAAGCACAACGCGCAAUAAGAGCUCGCACCAAGGAGCUCAUUGAAAGGCUACAGCGCGAGUUAGAAGAGUCGAGGGGAAGGGAGAACCGCGAUGGAAUGGUUCGUGAACUGCUGCAGAAGAACAAGGCAUUGGAGCACGAAGUGCGAACAUUAAGGGAAGCCCUUGGCAUCGGGAACCGCCCGUUCCCACAAUCUGGCUACGAGGUAGAUGGACUGCAAACUUCGCCAUCAACGGGCCGCGGGGCAUCCUUCCCCCAAGGCUCUACGGACUAUGGUGCCCCAGCAAGCUUUGGGUCAUCUUACCUGCCUACUCCUGAACCUUGUGAAUCAUGGCCCCCGGUGGUCCCCGUAUCCUCAGUAACGGUUCCUUCAGUGGUCUCAAGUCCGUCUUCAUCCACGGGGCAUCCUGACGAGUACGUGGCUAGCCACGUCCCCACAAGCGUCCCUUCAUCCUUGAUGGACUCUUCUGUGAUGGGCCAAGCUACGGGAAUCUCUUGCCUGGACGGCAUGAAGGUUAACUACGAGGACAUGGAAUCUGACCGCGGAUACUGUCCGACCAGCGUUCCACAGUCACAACCCUCGUAUCUCCCCCAGCAGUCCUGGUCUAUGUACCCGACACCAACCUACUAUCCACCUCAGUCGCCUACGGUUUGA